UUCCAGGAGUUGGUGGACCUGAAGAAGCAGAAAACGGGGCUUUCACUGAAUCAUUCCAGGCCAAGUGUCCGGGGGGGUCAGUAUCCGAAAGUGCAAGAAAAAGUCCUCGAAACUCAGGAUACACUGAAGAGAACCUUACAGGAUUUGAACGUUUCAUUACUUCGACUUAGUGAACGCAGCAUGAAAUCCUCGGCCAUGACAGUGAAGGACUAUAUGCAGCUUCUUAUUGACUCUGAACUCCAACAGAGAACACCUGGCUUUCAAGAAAGGCUGGAGGUCUUAAACGAAGCAAAGCUACAAGCUGAAGAAAUUUGUGGAAAGGAUCAUUUCCCAGACCUGAGGGGGCAGGAUGAAGAAAUGCAGAAGAAUAGAAUCGUCCCCAUGAAGGAACUCUCUCGAGAUGACAAACACAAAAUAGCCAGAUUUGUUUUGAAUAAUUCCUGCGGACCUCGAGAUGGUUUUGGCCAGGUCUUGAUUCUGGUUGGAGCCAGUGGAUCAGGAAAGAGCACGAUGGUGAACGGGUUGGUGAAUUUCCUCAUGGGCGUGAAAUGGGAAGAUGAUAGACGAUACGAGAUCGACAUGACAUCCGCCGUGAGUGGGGAAGAGAGUCAUGCAAGUCAAACCAAAUGGGUCACGGGAUACACGAUCAAGAGUCCGGAAUACGGGAUCAUGACCAUCGUGGACACACCUGGUUUUGCGGAUACGGGAGGCAUGGACACUGAUGCCUUCAUCCCCAAGCAGAUUCGGGCCUUUUUCAAGGUCAACGUGAGUCCGGAAUACGGGAUCAUGACCAUCGUGGACACACCUGGUUUUGCGGAUACGGGAGGCAUGGACACGGAUGCCUUCAUCCCCAAGCAGAUUCGGGCCUUUUUCAAGGUCAACGGUAUGAAAGAGUUAUGUGGGGUUGGGAUCGUCGUCCCGGCAGCGCAGUCGAGGUUGACCCCAGCUGAAAAAUACGUCUAUCAUUCCUGCCUGAAGAUGUUCGGGAAAGAUGUGACCGACAACUUCUAUGUCAUCUUCACCUUCUCAGAUCCAAGUGAACCGCCGGCCAUACGGGCCAUCAAGGCGGAGAAAAUUCCAUAUCGAGACUAUUUCCAGGUGAACAAUUCUGCACUGUAUUCGGCCAAUACAUCUAAAAAGGACACGAACUUCACCAAACUCUAUUGGGAUAUGGGAGUGCGGGGAUUCGGGAAAUUAUGCACUAGCCUGUCCAGGAUUAAACCCGUCAAUCUGACAUUAACGACUGAGGUCAUGGCGGAACAAGAUGCCCUCGACGACAAAGUCGCCGAACUGAAGAUUCAACUUGAAAAAUGUGAGGAUCUUCGUUUCCAAGAGCUGAUAGACCUGCAAAAACAGGAGACAGCGUUUUCGCCGGGAUCAAAUGUCUGGAAGAGUCUGACUCCUAAAGUGCAGGGAAAGCUUCUCGAGGCCCGAUUGACACUGAAGAGAAUUUUGGAGGAUUUGAACAAUUCAUUACUUCGACUUAGCGAACGCAGCAUGAAAUCCUCGGCAAUCACAGUGACGAAUUAUGUCAAUUUUCUAAUUGAAGCAGAACAACAACAUAGAAGGCCUGGCUACAGAGAGAGGUUGCAUGUCCUAAACGAAGCGAAAGAACAAGCCCAGGUGAUAUGUUCAACGCUUCGACCAACAAGUCCAGUUCCGGAAAAGAAAUGGAUAUCCUUGAGGGAACUAUCCCGAGAUGAGAAGAAUAAAGUGGCCCGAUAUGUUUUGAACGACUUCAGUGGACCUCCAAAUGACUUCGGCAGGGUUUUGAUCCUAGUUGGAGCCAGCGGAUCAGGGAAAAGUACGAUGGUGAACGGGUUGAUCAAUUUCCUGCUGGGCGUGAAAUGGGAGGGAGAUAGACGAUACGAGAUCGACAUGACACCCUCAAUUAGCGGGGAAGAGGGUCACGCAAGUCAAACAAAAUGGGUCACGGGAUACACGAUCAUGAGCCCAGAAUACGGAAUCUUCACUAUCGUGGACACGCCGGGUUUUGCAGAUACGGGAGGCAUGGACACUGAUGCCUUCAUCCCCAAGCAGAUUCGGGCCUUUUUCAAGGUCAACGGUAUGAAAGAGUUAUGUGGGGUUGGGAUCGUCGUCCCGGCAGCGCAGGCGAGGCUGACUCCAGCUGAAAAAUACGUCUAUCAUUCCUGCCUGAAGAUGUUCGGGAAAGAUGUGACCGACAACUUCUACGUCAUCUUCACCUUCUCGGACGCAAGUGAACCGCCGGCCUUGGAGGCAAUCAAGGCUGAAAACAUUCCGUACCGAGACUACUUCCAGGUGAACAAUUCUGCCCUGUAUUCGGCUAAUAAGCCUAAAGAAAACACAAGCUUCAACAAACUCUAUUGGGACAUGGGCGUCAGAGGAUUUCGCAAUUUAUGCACUGACCUAUCCGAGAUUAAACCUGUCAGCCUGGCAUUGACGACUAAGGUCAUUGCAGAACAAGACGCCCUUGAUGACAAAGUCACCGAACUCAAGCGUCAACUUGAAACAUGUCAGGAUCUCCAUAAUUUCAUCAUGUUAUAUGUGUUUCAAUUGACUGGUAUCAUGAUGUGCUCUUACGGUUGGUUGGUAGGUUUCCAGGAACUGGUCGGUUUGCAGAAACAGGCGAUGGAGCUUUCCCUGAACCAUACCAGGCCAAAUGUUCGGAGGAAUCUGCUGCCAAAAUUGCAGGAAAAGCGUUGUGAGGCUCAGUCGGCGCUGACGAACAUUUUGAAAGAGUUGAACGAUUCAUUGCUUUGCCUUAGUGAGCGCAGCAUGAAAUCCUCGGCCGUGACAGUGAUGGACUACAUCCAACUCCUCAUUGACUCGGAACUGCAAGAGCGUCAAUCCAACUACAGAGAGCGGCUCCAGGUCCUGAACGAGGCAAAAAAGCUAGCCGAAAUCAACUGUGGAACGAAUCGACUAGGAAGGGCAAAAUACUAUUCGGAGCCGAAAAACACGAAAACGAAACGUAGCCGUCCCCUUUUCGAGUCUCACAUCCGUCUGGAUACUGACGACAAGAAGGGACCCGUGAAAGCUACUUAUUUUGAGGAAGUCCCAGACCAGCUAGGGCAAAAGACGUCCGAGCGAAGAAAAGGAGGAUUUUUCAAUACUCUUAGGAACAGCUUCAGAGGCAAGAAGAAGAGGGAUGCAGUCCGCUCACGUGAAACUGAGAAAUAUCCGACGCUUGAGACGGAAUCAAAGCAUGGCCAGGCCACGUUCCACCUCGUAGACACAACUGACAAUGAGAGACCCGUGAAAGUGUCAGACCCGAAUCAGAGACGGCAAAAGACGUCCGAGCGAAAGAAAGGAGGAUUGCUAAAUACCAUUAGGAGCAGCUCCAGGAGCAAGCAGAAGAGGGAUGCAAUCCGCUCACAUGAAACUCCACAGCCUCAAAGAGAAAAACAGUCCAAGAAAUUAUUCACGUGGCCAAAGAGGAAGCCAUGAAAUCGGCGGCUGUUCCUUCAUAUGAAAUCCUCCCUUUACUUUGUUUUCGUAUCUUUUGUCUACUUGUCUCAUGGCGCAGGAAUUUAUACUUAUGAACUGACUUGUUCCCACGAAUGUAGCCAAAGAAAUGCACAC